GGGGUUGAUUUGGCAGGCCGAGCCGAGCCUAUUUGGUAGCCGCACCGCCACGAAGGUCCAGCAUUUGCUCGGGAGGAAUGCGGUAGGCGGGGCCGCGCUCGGCUGGUGUCAAACUUUGGGAAUGACAGGAGUGCUGCGGGAUUCGCGAAGAAGGGGAAGUGUCGCCCUUGCUGGCUCUGUUUGGAUUACUUUGACUUGUUCUCAGUUGCAGUUUCUGGCGGAUUUAGCACUUUCCCACAGAUAGUAACAGCCUUUAACAGACUCUCUCAACCAUGUCCGAGGACCCGAGCUCCCAACCCUGGUCCAUCAACAAAGAUGACUACGAGCUCCUGGAGGUGAUUGGGAGUGGAGCCACAGCUGUGGUCCAGGCCGCCUACUGCACACCCCGAAAGGAGAAGGUCGCCAUCAAACGCAUCAACCUAGAGAAGUGCCAGACCAGUAUGGAUGAACUCCUGAAAGAGAUUCAGGCCAUGAGCCAGUGCCACCACCCCAACAUUGUGUCUUACUACACAUCCUUCGUUGUGAAGGAUGAACUGUGGCUGGUUAUGAAGCUGCUCAGUGGGGGCUCUGUGCUGGACGUGAUCAAGCACAUCAUCUCACGCGGCGAACACAAGAACGGCGUCCUGGACGAGGCCAGCAUAGCCACCGUGUUGAGAGACGUCCUCGAGGGACUGGAGUACCUACACAAGAACGGGCAGAUCCACAGAGAUCUCAAAGCUGGAAACAUUCUCCUUGGAGAUGAUGGUUCUGUGCAAAUAGCAGACUUUGGCGUCAGUGCCUUUCUAGCCACAGGUGGUGACAUGACCCGAAACAAAGUGCGCAAGACGUUUGUGGGAACGCCGUGCUGGAUGGCCCCGGAGGUCAUGGAGCAGGUGAGGGGUUAUGAUUUCAAAGCCGAUAUCUGGAGUUUUGGGAUCACAGCUAUUGAGCUCGCCACUGGAGCCGCACCUUAUCAUAAAUACCCACCAAUGAAGGUCUUGAUGCUGACGCUGCAGAAUGACCCGCCGUGUCUGGAGACCGGUGUGACGGAUAAGGAGAUGGUGAAGAAAUAUGGCAAAUCUUUCAGGAAGAUGAUCUCCUUGUGUCUACAGAAGGAACCAGAGAAAAGGCCGACAUCAUCAGAGUUAUUGAAGCAUAAAUUCUUCACGAAAGCAAAAACCCACGAGUACUUGCACGAGAAGCUGAUCCUAAGGGCUCCCACAAUAACGGAGAGAUCGAAAAAGGUACGACGGGUGCCCGGCUCCAGCGGACGGCUCCAUAAAACGGAGGACGGCGAGUGGGAGUGGAGCGACGACGAGUUCGACGAAGAAAGCGAGGAGGGCAAAGCAGCGGUCGCCGCUUUAAGAGAGCAGCAGUCGCCGAGAGUGAAGGAGGCUUUCCAGAAUUCAGAGCUUUUCCAGACUCCUGAGCCUUUAAGUAGUCACCUCCAGCCGGGUCAGGCGGAGCUACCUCACGCUGCUGGCCAACCUCUGCUGCAGCCCACCCAAGUCAACACUCAACUCCCUGGCCAGGCCGCGUCCCCCUCGCCCAGUGCUCCUCCUCCUCCUGCUGCUCCUGCUGCUAUUCUCACUCAGAUUCCAGCUGCCUCAGGAGACGCCAACACUCCCAUUAGUUUGGUAUUAAGGUUAAGAAAUUCAAAAAAGGAGCUGAAUGACAUCCGCUUUGAAUUUAUGCCAGGAAGAGACACCGCGGAUGGAGUGUCCCAGGAGCUGGUGUCAGCGGGCCUGGUGGACGGGAGGGACUUAGUAAUCGUUGCUGCAAAUUUGCAGAAGAUAGUUGAUGAGCCUCAAGCCCAUAAAAAUGUAACAUUCAAGCUGGCUUCUGGGGUUGAAGGAUCUGAAAUACCAGAUGACAUCAAGCUGAUGGGCUUUGCUCAGCUCAGCAUUAGUUAAACUGUCGUUCUGCCUGGAACCGUGACUUGCCUAAAAAAUGUGAAAAUUAAAAAAACAAACAAAAAAAAACAUAGUUUAAUGCAUUUUUCUUCUCUUUCCAUGGCUGUAAAGAAACCACUACUGCCAAAGAAAAUAGUACCAUUUUGCUACCCAUAGGAUUAUCCAAUACCACCUUGGUGGAUUAGGUGGUCAGACGUCGCGUCAGAGCGUACAAUGCGGGAAUCGCUCAAAGUUUACAGUGCACAUGUAGAAGAGGAUGCGAGCAUCUGCAAGAAAAUGUUUCCAUCCAACAUUCUGGGUUCCUUCAUCCUGUUAUUCCCUCGUUACCAUGUGAUGCUUUUGCACAAUCUGAUCCAACACCCUCGAUAAGUGUAACAAUGCCUUAUAGCCAAGAGAACUACUGAAUGCACGUUUCGGGGACGCCCCCUUAUACCCCCCCCCCCCCCCCCCCCCCCCCCCCAGCCCCAUUUGGAGCGAUGUGUCGUUUGAAUGUGGCCUCAGGUGCUGAUGCCAAACUUUUUACUUUUUUUUUUUUUUUCUUAAGUGAGUGCUUAUGAGAUGGAAAAUAAAGUAAUGCCAAAAUAUGAUUAUUAUGAUUUCUCUUCAGUCUUUGCUGUGUGAGACUGAGUAUAGCAAAAAUUGUCAUGUGGUGAUUGUUAGUUCAGAACUCUUGUUUUUUUUUUUUUUUUUUUUUUUUUUUACUGGGAUACAAUUUUGGUGUCAUUUUAAAAACGGGUAGUAUAGGAACAAAAUUAGGCCCAACAUAUUUUGGACAUGUGACUCUAGCUGGAUAUCAAUGUGAAAUAGUGUCUCAAAAAUAAUUAGUGUUGAUGAAACUAUGGAUAUUUUUAUUUUUGAGAUUUUUUUUUUUUACAUAAUCUUUGUGUAAAACUUAGCUGCCUUUAGUUGUAUGAGCUUCUUGAGUGUAAAAAAAAAUAGAUUUAUGCACAGUACUCGCACCUGAGACUGAUUGGAUAGUGAUUAAUCAAAAUGGCCAAUGAGAAAAUAAACAUUGUAUAAUUAGGUUAGGAAAAAAUGUUGGCAAAAUUAAAGGAUUACUUUAAAUCUAAAUUUACUGCUAUGAAUAACUUUGAGCUUAACUAUAUAAUAUUUGGAGACCUAUUUGUCGCCUACACCAGGGGCAUAACUGAGCUUUCAGCCCCUUAACUCCGCAAAAUUAAUAAGAACUUUGAUAAUUAUAUUAAUCAGCAAGCUAUUUGACCUGUUGUUUUAUGUAUUAAUUGAAUUAACAUUUUCUAAAAGGGGUUGGGCUUCACUACAUCUCUUUGUUACACUCUGCAAAAAAAACAAAUUUAAACCACUAAAAGAAAAUUUUUUACACAGGCUUCCAGCAUUUAAUUGAUAGCAUUGCCUAAUUAUGACUCAUUAGGAUUUGAUUAGAAUACUUUGUCUUAUCAACCUGCUUUCUUCGUAGUGCGUUGACAUGUAGUCUCUCAACGUCCAGCAGAAAAUGUAUAUUUGUAAACAGAAUUGGUUUGCAUAGCUGAGGGCAAAACGCAUCUUAAAACCACGUUUAGUCACCAAUUACGUGUAUUUUCUCAGACACCCGACACCUUUGAGGUCUAACCAGUUUCGUCCUGCAACAUGCAAGAUUCAUUGUGCUACUCUAAAACCACAACGUUUCAAGGCAUCUGACGAUGGCAAAUGUGUGGUCAAAGUUUUUAGUUUUAAAAUUUACGCCAAACUUUAUGACACAUGGCCAAAAUGGUUGAAAGUACCUGUGUGCCACAAAAGUUCUGGUUUUGAAGAAACUGCAUGCAACAAUUUUAAUGAAUGGAACUAUAGUCUGAUUUUUGUAGAAAAGCGAUCUGUAAGUCAUUGUAGAUCAAAAAUUAAAAAAGAUUCUUGCACUUAUAUCUUCUCAAAGGAAAUACAUUUUGUUUUAAUUUUAAAAUUUGCUUGUUUUCUAUGUUCUUGGCCCAGAAAAUAAUUUUAGUCUCGGCACAGAAAUAAAAGCAUAUGGCUCACUGUUUCGUUAAAAAUGCCUGUUGCCAGCUCUGCCUUUCAGUAAAAUUCGCUGGAUGUUUGUGAUUAUUCCUAUUAUUAACCUUGUGAUCUUUCUUUGAUUUUAGUGUCAUCGUAAAAGACAUUCUUUUAUUUUUGAAUCUAUUUUUCAAUUUAAAAAUAUUUAAGGUUCAGCAAAAAAAAAGCCCUGAAAAAUUAACUGUCUUCCAUAUGAACUACCUACAAUAGAGGUCCAAACUAUUUCAACGGAUAACUCUGAUUUACAUAAUUUCCAAUAUGUUUACAUCAUUCACCAGGUUUGUUUUUUAUUUUUUACUCUUUUUGUGACUAAAAUGGUUGCUGAUGCCAUCUGCUCAUUGUUUUAAGUAUCCCGUUAAGUAUAUUCAAAGUACCCGCUGCUAAACGCUCCCACUAAUAGUUUUUGUAGACGAAUUUAUCCUUCAUCCAAAAUGAAAAUUUCUGGUAAAUUAAGUUAACGCUACAGUUAAACUGUAUGCAGAGCUCGUUUCCUGGGAUUUUGAAAGCAAGGAAUCAACUUGGUUCUGAAUGCAUUUUUAGCUCAAGAGGCUCAUACAAAGGGCGGUGAAGUUUUUAAAAACGGCCCAAAACUACAUCCAAAGGAAAUACAGUAAUGUCUGGGGCAUUUUGCUUCACAGUGUUAAAAAAACGGAUUUAUCAGUACAAGCUAUUUCUGUCCUAAAUGUAUUCCUAAAUGUAAUGAGAGAUAAUUUCUAGAAACUUCCGAACGCCGCUCUUUUUGUCAGACACGUGUAAAUACGUUGUUUGACUGUUUUAAGCGAUGGAUUUUACGCAUCAGGUUGACUCAAACUGUGCAUAGAUAUGAAGGCUUCAGUUUAUGGUUUACACGGAGACUUGAUGAACUCUUACUACUUAGAUCAAAUAUUUGAUUAUUAACGUCGAUGGAUAAAUAAAAUUUGGGAAAUUCACUUGUAAAUAUACAAGUGUACCAAAAAUAAACGAGUAGGUCCCCUUGGCGGGUUCUUCUUUGUCGAAGCGUUUCGUCACUUCUCCAGUCUGAAGAAUCAACAAGUUUAAUGGUGACAAUCCCAACUGGUUGCUCACUUUGUCACCAUUAAACUUGUUGAUCCAUUAUGCGACAUUGCUGCUUAUAAGGCUGAGUUUACCUGCAACUCCUCAGACUGGAGAAGAGACGAACCAUUUCAACAAAGAGGAGUCCAUCCAAAGGUCCGAUGAAAGUUCUUUUUUUUUUUUUUUUAAACUGGAUUACUGAGAAGCAUCAGCAUAGACAAGUGUACGUUAAAAAAAAAAAAAAAAGUUAUACUGGGCGGUGGCAAUUCCUGCAUGCAGGUAGAUAAAAACAUGGAGAUUCUGGGGUGGGAUGCAAUGCAGUUCUGCAUAAACAUCAUCAUCUAGUCUCACUAAUCUCUGCAUCAAGCUGGGGGCGGGGCACCAACUCACCAUUGACUUAACCUGCAUAAAAGCAAUGGAAAACUAGGGUGGAACUGACUCAUGUGUAUUUAAUUUUUUUUAAAUCAUUUCUAUCACCCUUACUAGUGCGACCAUUGGCACCUGCCAAAAUGGUACAUGUCGCUGAUAAAAGCUUACAGCUGGUCUUCCUUUUUGGCUUUUUCCAAUUUCAUGGGCUGAUUUAUACUUCUGAUGUUAGAACUGUGCUCGUUAAAGGUUGUUGCGUUAAUUGAGGGGGGUCAUCAGAGAAAACCUGAAAGCCUUUCUGUUAAAACAGGCGUUAAACUUCAUGUGAUUUUUUUAUUUUUUAUUUUUAUUUUUUGCUGAAUUCACAGUGUAGCCCCUGAAACGUUCUUACUACCUGAUAUUAGUUUCCGAAAUUCACAUUUAUUUUAAUGAGGCUGAAAAUAAGUACUUGACUUACACUUUAGGAUGUAAAUAGUGUCAUUUGCCUAUGUUUUGACGCUGUUUCACCUUUUUUUUUUUGUCUCGACAUGAUUGCUGAAACAUGACGCUUGGCACUCUGCUUUGGGUUGUGUACUUGUGAGGGGCUUGAUGUCAGCAACAAUUUGUCAAAUGUGAUGCCCGUUCAUAAUUUCCUCUUUGGAAAUGUGACUAUUUUGGAUAAUAUAGAGUUUAAGUACUAAAUCAACACUUUAAGUUUCCAAAAACCUUUUCUCCGUCGCCCACAAAACGCCAGGCGGAGGCCGUUUACAGCUGCACUCGCGCUUCUUCAUCUUUUUCUCUUGCGGCUGAUAAAUAACAGCGCCAUGAUUGUAAACAGUUGGCAAAGCCCGUUUUCCUUCAAAUUUAGCAUAAACGACUGGGUCAGAGGAACGUGUGUUUUGCAUUUGCUACAUCUUAACAUACCAGCACGGUUUUAUGUAUUUAAUUAGGUGAAUUGUUGUAGUGUCACAGCCCUCCGGAUGCCAUUUUGAAUGAAAUGAAAAAGAAUUUAAUAGAAGAGCUUUGUAUUUUGCCUGUGAAGAUGUAAACUUUUGUGCAAGCCUUAAAUCACAAAUGACCAAGUGUAUUUUUUAUCUUUUUUUUUUUUUUUUUUUUUUUUUUUUGAGAAUUUAGGAGAUAAUUUUGAUUUAGACUUAGUGUCUUUGAAAUGUACGUCCUGAAAAAGACUUACGGCAGGGAGUUGACAAAAGGAAAGGUUCCUGAUGUUCAUCACCUGCUGAUGGUCUCAGGCUGAGCUCUUCAAAGGUGGACAGGAGUUUUGUGUUCAAGCCUUAUGAGAUGAUUGUGUGUGCGUUGUGUAAACGGAGUCUGGCUUCAAACGGAGCUGAAGAUCGAAUGGCUUUGUUCUAUUCCCAAACAAUCUUCUGUCCUGAUUCCACAUCGUCUAACAAAACUGUAGCAACUGAACAGAUCUAAAAGGCAAAACCAUGUUUGUCUAGGACUAAUCAUGGUCGUAAUAUGAUUGCUUUCCUGUUUUUGUUUAGUGUUUUUUCCAUUUUUUUCAGAUCAUUUUGGAGUUCAGGCAUGUUUAUCUUGAUUGUUUUUAUUCAUUAAAAGAAUUUGCAUAUC